AUGCGCCAGAGCGCGGCUGGCCCACCUCUAGUGCGAGCACCUCGGCGGCUUUCAACUUCUUCGAGGGCGAAGCCGCCACCAUCUGGCAAGUCGGAGGAGUGGCACAGGUCCAGAGUCCAUGCCCUCUUCAAGGAGCUGGAUCCGCAAGACCUCGGCGAGGUCAGUGUGGACGAUCUGCAGGCAUCCUUUGCCAAAAUGAACAUGGCCCUGGAUGAUGAGACCUUUGCAAAGUACAAAAGUCAGAUUCUUCCGAAGGGUAGCGACAGCGUUGCCCUGGAAGCCUUCUUGAAGUUUCACCAGGCAGUCUGGGACAAUCAGCCGCCUUCGGUGCGCCGCUUUGCUGGCUGCCCAGAGGCGGGUGGAGACAGCACUGGGUCGCUUCACGUUGGCCUCUCGCCACUGUCCAAAUCCAAGCAGGGCUCAAUGCGACAGCUCCCGAGCUUGAAGCUGCCAGGGCCAAGCAAAGGCCUUUACAAGGAGGCCUUGGAGAACGAGGACGCGCUCAGAGCAGCAUUCUACAGGUACACGAACGGACAACUCUACCUGAGCCGAAGCCAGAUGCCAUCCGUUCUGAAGGACCUGGGCAUCACGCUCCCUUCAGCUCAGUCUACACAGUUGGACAAAGAUUUCUUCUCCACGUUCUGUGAUCAUGAGUUUGACAGUGCCGACGAAAACAAAGACGGGAAGGUAUCUUUCCAGGAGUGUGUGGCCUACCAAAACCGGUAUCUCUCCAUGAUGCAGGCCACCUCCCUGGGCAUCAUCAAGUCUUUCAGGACUUCGGUGGUCAACAAUACGACCCCGACGUCGGGAGGGCAUCGGUGA